GAAAGCGCGUCGCUGAAUAAGAGCCACGUAAAUGCUGCAACAUACCAAACUCCAUCUACCCAUUUUGGCCCGGGUCCCGUGCUAGAGACGAUGUUUUCACACAUCGCCAUAUUCUCCAUUGGGCUACCUAUCUCUGGGGCGAUGAGGACGCGCUUGUGAAACCGCGGUGACCGCUUCCGAGGGAUCGCAUUUCCAUUCUACUGUUUAAUUCAUGAUCAUCGAACUAUUUAAUUCAUCGGUUUUACUCUCGCAUCUGUGCUUAAUCUGAUUCGCUGAACUUUGCAUUGCCUGACAAGUAACUAAGUUAGCCUGAUUGGGCCUUAACGGAACAGAGCCUGUUGGAGGGAGGUAAUAAUCAUUAACAACAUACUACGACCUCCCAGUACUGAAGCCCAAGAUAUUCGCCAUCAUCACCAUCACCAUCACCAUUAUCAAUUUAUGCAUUUGACUCUAGCCCUGAGCAUCGGUCGGCAUCAGGGCAUGAACACUCACGAUGGCGCGAGCGGGCUUUCAUCACCAUAUCGUCAUCUCAGAUAGUGAGCCUGAUGAUCUGGUGCCUUCUCCCGCUUAUCGAAGUCGCAAGCCUAUCAGUCCUCCACCUCUCACUCGACAGCCAUCGGGGACUAGUCAGACUGAGCCCGUGUCGCUAAAUGCUGCAACUCCUACGAGGACAAGCUUGGGUUCUUCACAAAAAUCAGCUACCCAGGAUGUGAAAGGUAGUAGCCUUUCCUUUUGGCCAUCAGGCGCCACAAAAGGGGUGACAAAUGAUGAGGCGAAUGUUCCUUCCAUUUCUCCACAACAAGCACACCAGAGGACCCCCAGGACCCAAACCCCAAAGAAGGGCGAAGUUAAUCAAGCGAAAAUUGAGGCGUCACUGCGCGAGUUCUCCCGCGAGAUUGGCGUCAACCAUGCCAAGCUUACUGCACGGCUAAUCCACGAUGCUUGGAAAAGGGAUGCCCCGCAGCAACAGUUGGUCAGCAAGAAGGAUUGGUUCGCCGGGGUGAAACUCGAACCCGCUGGCCCGGGGAGCCAGCCCUCAGAAACCAUGCGCAUAAAGACGAAGCAAGUCGGCCAAGGUAGAUCAGGCAAGCAAGAAAAACGAGAACGUUAUCCAGUCAGGUGCAUCAAGACCGAUAAGGAGGCGACACCUCGGUACAGCUUUCAUCAUGUCGAGAUAAGAAAGAAUAUUCUUUCACCAAACACGAUGCUCACUUACGUGCCACAUUUGCGAGAUCUAGCAGACAACGAAGAAAGCACCUAUACACGAUGGCUUGAGAAUCUGGAAUCCAUGGAUAAAACUUCCGGCUUUGCCACUCUGAGUCGCCACGAGAAAGUGGUUAAGACUAUCCAGAAGGAACGUGCCACCACACUCUUAGAGUAUCUCGAAUCAUGGCUAGCUAGACUUGGUAUUGAACAUUGCACAAAGUCAGCACUCAUUCGUUAUGUGGCUACUCAAAGUGAUGCAGUCACGCCUCAGCAGAAGUCGAGUAUCCUAAACUCGUGCAAUGACGAAUCCAACUCGCCAAGGUCAGCCAGAGUAGUUCGAGUUUUUAAGGAUGCAUUCGAUCGAGUUUUCCAUAGCAAGGACCUAGGCGAAUACGCUGUCCCUCUUCGCGACGUUUUGCUCCUCGACAAGUCUGUUGACACAAUUGUUGAUUCAAAGAAAUACAUGAAAGACACCCCAAGUCAAGCCAAAGCUGCAGAGGAGGAUACAUCAGUCGAAUCGUUCCUCGAAACUUACUCGCUCCUUGGCUGUUUAGUUUGCACUAGCCACUCCUGCGAACAUGGCGAGUAUGGUGUUGACAAUGAACGAAAGCGAUUUUCCGUCGAAGUUGUUGGUGGUCUGUCACCAAUGAUACGGCAACAACUCGCCCAGCGAUUCGAUGGAGCCUAUGCAUUUAACACGAGAACCCCCUGUGGUGAAGAAUGUUUCCUAAGAGGGCGACCAGGCACUCGCUCUCGUCCAUGGAACGAAACCGAGCUCAUGCUUCUCAAGUCCUUCUAUCUGUGUUUUCACGGCACUUCUAUUGAAGUGCAAUGCGCUACUGCUGUAGCUACGGGUCGCCCAUGCUGGGAUGUACAACGACAGAUGGAUAAGCUUGAUCUGUCCCUUCCCAAUGUUUCUAAGCCCCCUCCAAUUCAGGUCAAACCAUUGCCGUGGUAUGAUCGGCAGAAGAAAAUACUUAUAGGUGAUUGGCAGGAACAUACAAAAACUCAUGAGCACCAGCGAAAAGAUCACUUCGACCCAUGCCAUCAUGAUGGCCCCUGUGAUAAAAACUGCCCUUGUGUCCAGAAUCGUAUCAUGUGCGAGCGAUUUUGCCGCUGUACGGCGGAGACAUGUGCUAACAAGUUUACUGGGUGUGCCUGCCAUGCUCUCGGGAAAUCCUGUCUCCCCAAGCAGAAAGACAAGCCUUGCAUUUGCGUACUGCUAAAUCGAGAAUGCGAUCCUGCUUUAUGUGGAUCUUGUGGUGCUGACGAAAGAGCAAUGCCAAAAAAUUCAGACGAUGAGAUUUUACAUGCAAGUGGGUGCCAGAAUUGUGCUCUACAGCGCGGCAAAUCGAAGGCUGUUGUUCUUGGAAAGUCGGCAGUUUCCGGAUACGGCCUCUUCGCAACCGAAGAUAUUGCCCAAGAUGAAUUUGUCAUUGAAUACGUCGGGGAGCUUAUCAGUCAAGAUGAAGGAGUCCGCCGUGAAGCUCGGCGUGGGGACGUAUUCGAUGAGAGUUCGAAUUCUUCAUACCUCUUUACUCUGCUAGAGCAAGAGGGUAUCUGGGUCGACGCGGCAAUCUAUGGGAAUCUUAGCCGGUAUAUCAAUCAUCAGGAUACAAACUGCAAUGUGACGCCCAAGAUAAUGUACGUGAAUGGCGAAUACCGCAUCAAGUUCACGUCAUUACGCGAUAUUAAGGCUGGUGAAGAGCUGUUCUUCCAUUACGGAGACAACUUUCCGAACUUGACCAAGAAGUUGCUACAAGAAGAAAAGGCUGAGAAGAAACGACGCAAAGCCAAAGAACAGGUAGCAACGUUUGAUAAUGGCGUGAAGAUUAAGAAGAAGCCAGGUCGUAAACCAGGGAGGAAGCCGGGGAGGAAGCCGGGGGGGAAACCGGGUAGAAAGCCGAAAAAGACAUUUGCCAGUCUUGACUCUGAAGUAGACAAUGAUGAGGUCAACGAGGGCCCCAUAGACGACCCAUUCACCGAUAUUGCUCUACUUCCACGUAAACGCAAGCGAGGGGUCGUCAACGACUCAGACUCAGCUGAAUACCGUCCCGAGGUUGUCGAUUCUCAGGAUGAUACCCAAUCUGGGACUGCACCGGCAGCUCCGUUCCGACCCCUUCCCCGCUUGACACCAGUGGGCAAAAUUAAACGGAAGCGCUUACCGAACGGAACGUUCGCUGCUGGUUCAUAUUUGGACUCAAGUAAAGAUGAUGGGGAAGAUAAGGGGGAUGAUUCACCGGGACUAGCAGCUAAGAAGAUGCGCACGCUACUGGAGGACAUGUCAACAGGAGCGAAUGAAGACCAGCCAGCUCCUAUCUUCACUACCCCAAAACGGCGAGGUAGGAAGCCAAAGAACCACAAUACCCCAUCUGCGCACGAUGAGAAGAAUUCUUUUAUGCAUGAGAGCAAUUAUAGCAGUACGCGAGCUAGUAUCCAGAACAGUGGCCGUUAUAGCCACACGGAAGCUCGCCUUGAACUAGAUGAUAGAUCACAUGCCGACGAAACCCCAUCACGGCUUAGGGCUCGGCGCACAAACAAUGCAACACUAGAGUCCAGCCCCCUAUCAACACCGGGUGAUUCGGGUCCUAACUAUACAGAACCUGAGAUUUCCGAUUCUGAUGUACCCCAACCACGCAAAAGGGGUCGUAGAAGGAAAAGCAGAACCGGGGAUGCCGAGUAUAACGGCUGCAGUUGGACAGAUAGUGAUGGGGUUAGACACUUAGGUGGUCAAGACGACAGUGACGAUGAUUCAGGACCUAUUGAUCGCCGCCGACGGAGACGCCGGCCCGCUAGAUACGAAGACUAAGCUGUUCGCGGCGGCGAGAUGGUUGCGAGUUCCUAGGCUGGCUGUGUUAUUAAACAUUUGGCCAUAUUCUCGUAUGAUAUUGCUUCGUUCCUGGUGCUCGGGGUUCAUGGAUAGCGCUGUAACCGCAUAGGCAUAGAGGUCGUUGUACAUGACUGGAGCCGGCCGCUUUGAUGGUCGCCAGGAAUCAUAUUUAUUGUACAUUACCAUCCGUAACAUAGCUCACUUAUAAUGCUCGUUGCUUUUUA